GUCUGCGCCCUGUAGCCGCCUGCCGUACCUCCGGUGAGGCCACCGUCUUUUGGGGCGGUGGUGGGAGGCAGUGGUGGCCCCCCAGUGUCGCCGCUACUGCCAUGCAAUGCCCCCGCCCGGCCCAUUCGCAGGCACCGUCCACACGCCGUCGAUGCCCCGCCCUCCUUUUAGUCCUAUUGGCUGCUGCGUCGUCCGUCACGCUCACUCGUCGUCGAUGCCACGCCUUCGCUCUGCUGCUAUUGGCUGUCGUGCCUGUAGGCGGAGUGACGGGAGUCACGCCUCCUCCAGACGACGAAUACGGCGCCGUCGUCGACGGUGCAGGGUCCGCCUAUCGAGGGGCGGGGCUACGCAGAGUCACCUCCCAUCUCCUGGCGUACAACGAGCUCGAUGCGACGGAUUUGAUGGCGGAGGCGGCGGGAAACGACGUAUCUGCUGCUGGAGUUAACGGUUCGUUAGAGGGCGGCACUUACGUCAAAGAGACGAAUCUGUCAGUGGGCAACCUGAGGAUGGAGCCGCUAUACAAGAAGAUGACCUUGAACGUGGGAUAUUUGACAGCUGUCAAGGGCGAGUUGAAGGAGAGACAAGGCCUGCAGAUUUCGGGAGCUAUCAGCAUGGCGCUCAAAGAAAAUUUUCAACCCAUUUUCAGGUAAACGAGGAUCCGAACAUCCUGCCUAACGUCACGUUGGCCUUGAAAUGGUACGACACCAGGGGCGAAACAGUUGCAGCUACCAAAGCGAUGACAGAUAUGAUCUGCGAAGGAGUUUAUGCUUUUUUUGGACCGGAAGGCACCUGUCAUGUUGAAGCGAUAGUGUCGCAGGCUAGGAACAUACCAAUGAUCAGCUAUAAAUGUUCCGACUACAAGGCUUCAGAAGUACCCACCUUCGCAAGGACCGAACCUCCAGACACCCAGGUUACCAAAUCGGUGAUUUCUCUCCUGUCAUACUACAAAUGGAAGAAAUUCUCGAUCAUCUACGAAUCUCCUUAUUCUACGGUGGCACAUUCUUUGAAAGAGCAGGCUAAGGCUAAUAAUAUUACCGUGAAUUUUAAGAAGGAGGCUAUGGACAGGCAUAAGUGCUGCGAGGAUAAUUUGCCAUGUUGUCAAUUGACAGAUUGGUAUAAGAUUAUUCAGGAUACGAAGAAUAGAACUAGGAUUUAUGUAUUUCUGGGAACACCAAUGUCUUUAUUAGAGCUAAUGAAUACCAUGCAAACGGCCAAACUGUUUGAAAAUGGCGAAUAUAUUGUCAUUUAUAUUGAUAUGAACACGUAUUCGGACAAGCAAGCAUACCAAUACCUUUGGAAACCAGAUGAAAUAAACCGUCUUAAAAGCUGCGAACAGAUUCCUGACUACGAAGGCUUCAAAAAACGCGCCAAAUCUUUGUUCGUAGUAGCUCCUACGGCUCCCACCGAGAACUAUAGGAACUUCACGGAACGUGUGAGGUACUACAACUCCCAGCCACCGUUCAACUUCACUGUGUCCAACAUUCUUAACUCCUACGAACCUUAUAUCACCAUAUAUGCCGCCUAUCUUUUUGACUCUGUGAAACUAUACGCUUCUGCCCUGCAUUAUAUGUUAUCCCAAGAACCAGUGCUAACGGAACAAGUCAUUCUGGAUAUCGCAAGCAAUGGUACGAAGAUCAUCGAGACCAUAAUCAAGAUCAACGGAACAUACAAAAGUAUAACCGGAGCAAUGAUGAAGUUAGAUAAAAACGGCGACUCUGAGGGCAACUUCUCAGUAAUAGCUUAUACACAUCCUCCUGAUAAAGUCGUACAUGAUAAUUUCACGUGUUCCUUUCAAAUGAGGCCUGUCGUUCAGUUCAAAUCGGAAAUUGAUGACAGUACGUUACCAUCUUAUUCUCCAAACAAAUAUAUCUAUUGGCCAAACGGAGUGAGGCCUAAAGAUGAACCUAGUUGUGGAUUUGACAAUGAACUCUGUCCAAAAGCUGAUACGCAGUUGAACAGUGUCGUAGCAGCAGGGGUAUUAGCUGUAGCAUUGUUUUGUGCAGCUGUAGUUACUGCUAGCAUCUAUAGGAAAUGGAAAAUAGAACAGGAGAUUGAAGGUCUUUUGUGGAAGAUUGAUCGAGAAGAAAUUCACGAAAUAAAUGAAAGAGAUUGUAUAGUUGCUAGUCCUAGUAAGCUCAGCUUGGUGAGUGCCAGCGUGGCUUCGUACGAAUCCAGGGGCGGACUUCAAGUGUUCGCGACCACCGCCCAAUAUCGAGGCGUGGUGGUCAGAAUAAAAGAAUUGACCUUCAAUAGAAAGAAGGACAUUUCCAGGGAGGUGAUGAAGGAGAUGAGGCUUUUGAGGGAAUUGAGGCACGACAACGUCAACUCGUUCAUAGGCGCAUGCGUGCUGCCCAAUUCGUUGUUUCUAGUCACUGAUUAUUGUGCCAAAGGAAGUUUGUAUGAUAUUAUAGAGAACGAAGAUAUAAAACUAGACAAGAUGUUCAUAGCAUCGUUAGUCCAUGAUCUCAUUAAGGGAAUGUUGUACAUACAUAAUUCGAUGUUGAUCUGUCACGGGAACCUCAAAUCUUCAAAUUGUGUGGUAACCAGCAGAUGGGUGUUGCAAGUCACUGAUUUUGGAUUGGCCGAGAUGCGUCAUUGCGCUGAGAAUGAUAUGACUAUCGGCGAACAUCAGUAUUAUAGGAGCUUAUUUUGGAAGGCUCCAGAGAUCCUUAGAAACCCCCUACUCCAUAUUCGGGGAACGCAAAAGGGCGAUGUCUACAGUUUUGCUAUUAUACUGUACGAGAUCCUUGGUAGGAAAGGUCCAUUUGGUCCUACAGGCUAUGAACCAAGGGAUAUUGUGGAGCUUGUCAAAAGAGUACCUGUGGACGAAGAACCCUUCAGGCCGAACAUAGACGCGCUAUUGGAUGCAGAAAUCGGUGUGGAUGAUUACGUUUUACAAUGUAUGAAAGACUGCUGGACUGAAACUCCAGAAUCUAGACCAGAUUUUGCAACUAUUAGAAGUCGGUUAAAGAAAAUGAAGGAUGGCAAAAAUAAGAAUAUCAUGGAUCAAAUGAUGGACAUGAUGGUAACAUAUGCUCACAACUUAGAAGACUUAGUUACAGAAAGAACUAGACUGCUGUAUGAGGAAAAACUGAAAACUGAAGACCUCUUACAUCGAAUGCUUCCACAACCUGUAGCAGAACGGCUGACCAAAGGUUAUGGAGUGGAACCAGAAUCUUUCGACCAAGUCACCAUCUACUUCAGUGACAUAGUUGGAUUCACGGCAAUGAGUGCCGAAAGUACACCAUUGCAAGUUGUCAAUUUUCUCAAUGACCUCUAUACAGUAUUUGAUGGUAUCAUUAAAGGAUAUGACGUGUAUAAGGUGGAGACCAUAGGGGACGCUUACAUGGUGGUGUCUGGUCUGCCAUUGAGAAAUGGUGAUCUACAUGCAGGAGAAAUAGCUUCCAUGGCCCUAGAUCUUCUAGCUGCCGUCAAAAACCACACAAUUUCCCAUAGGCCUAAGGAAACGUUGAAGCUUAGGAUAGGAAUUCACACUGGACCAGUGGUUGCUGGAGUUGUGGGCCUAACAAUGCCCAGGUACUGCUUAUUUGGAGACACAGUCAACACAGCUUCAAGAAUGGAAAGUAAUGGAGAACCAUUGAAGAUUCACAUCAGUGGCAAAUGUAAAGAAGCUCUGGACAAACUUGGAGGGUACAUAAUUGAAGAAAGAGGGUUGGUUAAUAUGAAAGGGAAGGGGGAGGUUAGGACAUAUUGGCUCGUGGGGGCCACAGAACAGGCUGUGCAAAAGAGAGAGGUUGAUUUAAGAGGCCUUCCCCCUUUAUUCUGUCGACCAAGACGAAGUCCGAAAUUAACAGCAGAUUCUAGGCAAGCCUCGAUAUGCGGCUUUGGUGGACUGCAUAGUAGAAGGCACUCGAGUGUACCUAGAGGUACAAGCGCCGAAGUGGAAAACGUAACCCCGAACUCUUCGCCAGCCAUUGCAAUGCGUUCAACUACUAGAUAUUUUGCUAGAGUCAACAGCCUCACCGUUCCAGAUGCUGGCACGCAGGUGGGUUCCAGGACUACUUUAGACACGGCGUUCGGCAGCGUUGUCAUGGAGCCGGACGAAAAUUCUAGGAGAGUCGUCAGGCCGAGGAGGGUACUUAGCAGUAUAGCCUCAAGCUCCGAUGAACACAACAAGAGUCACACAACGCUACCUCGCAUUAGAGAAUCAAAAUCCCUGGACCCGCUGCCUUUGGUACGGCCACCGAGGAGUACUGAUAUCGUAGGCAAGUUUCUCAGGGGUGGUUCCAGGAUAUCCACGAGGUCCUUGGAAAACUGCGACAAGUGCGGAGAUGUUCAGAUCAUCGCCAUACCUGAGGACAAGCUCAUCAAUAAUAAUUUUCCAAAUGGCAAUUUACUUGGUGUGCAAGUAGAAGAAUCAGUGGGUUAUAUGGAUGAUGUCCAAGCUCCCUUAUUGGAUCCGACGACACAGACUCCCACUAUAAUGAGACAUCGUGGGGGCAGCGGUAUUGAAGAUCUCCCUGAUACAGAAUUUUCUAAAAGUAUCUCGGUCUUCUAGGUGGCGAUCUUUGGAAUACGUGCCAGCAGAGGGUCCUGGAACUCUGACCUACCGCGAUUUCAGGGACCGCCGAUCUGCAGAGGCCCACAAGAAUAAGGCGCACAAGAACCCAGUGGCUAGUUGGAUCAGGGGCCUUUUCAACGGAGGUGGAAAUGGCCUCAAGGCAGCAGGGGAUGGAUCCUUGAAGAAGGCCGCGGGAGUUAUCAAUGACUUCCAGGCUGAUAAAGAGAGUAUAGUCUGAGUUGUGUGUUAAUCUGGAAAGAAAAUUGAUUGUUGGGUAUAGAGGCAAAUAUUUGGAAGGUUUAGGAAGCAGGUCUUCUGAGAAUUUUGAGAAAAAUGGAGAAGCUAUAUUUUGUUAUAGAUAUGGGUCAUACACCUUGUAACUUUGAAAGGAGCACUCGAGCACCGAUGUUUAUAGGAAGUUUUCGAGCUAUAUCACACAGGCCGACAAAAAUGAGCCGACCCUCUUACCCAGAAAUCAGAGUAUAGUUUCCAGAAGAUUCAGAUUUGAAUUGAGAGAUCUGGACCGUAGAUUAUUUCGGGAAAAUAUACUCUGGUUUCUGGGUAAAAAUCUUCUCGGUUAUUAUUAAUAAAUCAUUUUGUGGAAUCAAAGUUUGAAUAUAUGUUAUUUUGGAUCCCUAGGUGGAGCGACUACAGAGUUUUAUGUCUCGCCAAACUAGUUUUAAAUACCCGACAAGUAUUGCGCUAACUAUAUUAACAUCUUCAGGGCUGCUAACAUAGCGAAACACAUGUCGGCUGUUUAAGAAAAUGGUUCGGCGAAUAGUAAAACUCUGUAGUGGUCAUGGAAGUUUAAAUCUAGACUUAUUAUAUUCAAACUCCAGCUUUUCCAAUUUUCCCGAGGCUAAAUGAAAAAUCAUGUAUUUUUCAUCAUAUUUCAACUCUAUGAGUACCAGGCUCUAGAUUUAGUUGACCUCAUUGAAAGAAAUACCCCGUCUCACACAAAGAGAACGAACUAGUUUAUCUACAUAGUACCUAAUGAUGUCAUAUUUUUGAAUAUAUUUGUGAUUUUUCAUUCACUUUUGGAGGGUGCAUUAUGCAUUUAUACGUUAUAGGAUACACAAAUUUGAUGUUUAACUUGUAUAGCUAUGGAGUGGAUAUUUCAACAUGAGUAUUUUUUGGGAAAUCUAGAAGUACCUCCAUUAUUACAAAGUCUGGCAACAUGUUGCGCCUCAUGUACCGGAGAUGUGUUGAUACCUAAACAGAGUACAUUGGAAAAUGGCGGUAAUAUUAUGGUAAAGAUCAUUACACUUUUGCUGAAGCUCAAUCCCGGUAUUCUAAAAGGAGUCUAUCGCGACUCAUAGAUUACACUAAAAUACGGUACCUUCUGCAUAAUUCUAGUGUGAUGGUCAAAACAUCACGCAGUCGUUCACUUAUUAUGCAUAUUUGCAAUAAAAUAUAUUUCGUGAUGAUCCCGAAGUGAAUUUAAAAAGUUAUGCCUAGCGAACAUUUCAGCAUUUUCAUGAUGGCAUCAUUAUGUCUGAAUGCUGGAAAGCUCUGGUGAGUAGCUUUUUAGCAGGUAGGUUGUAUCAAUAACAAUAAUUGUAUUGGCAUUAAACAAAACUUGCUCAUGAUGCAAGGAAUAACAUUGUAUCAUAUGUAACUCCUAAAAUUUGUCACGUUGUUUUCGACCCCCACGGUGGCCUUUUUCAAGUACGAUGAUAAUUAUAGUGACCGAAACGUCGUAACAAUAAAGAGAAAUCAAAAUAUACAGCGGUGGUCAAAAAAAUAAGAGUGUACAUUUUGAAAACCAAUUAUAUAUAUAUACAGGUGUCGUUUAGAUUAUCCCUUGCAAACUCCAUUCGUUGCAGUAUAUGCUUUUUAGAUAGAAGGAAAACUGUUCUGGCAACUCUACCAUGAGUAUUCAUUUCUUGCAACCAUCUUCUUAUUGUUCUAGUGCUGAUUGGAUGACCUCUUCUUUCUGGUUGUUUCUCAACAGUUUGAUGUUCUUUUAGUACUUUAGCUAUCACACAAAGGGAUCUUUUAAUUACGAAAUAAAUGCUAUACUAAACAUAGAAAUAUUCUACUGGCUAUAAUAGCAAAAACAUUUAACAUACUCUUGGCCUUGACAUUCCAUAUGUGUAUUUUAUGAGCAUGUAAAGCAUAAAUCUUCAUCUUGUAUAAUGCACUAUCCAAGAAAAAAAUUACUUUGCAGUCACCUCGAUAAUUUGGUUUUUACAUAAAAUUUCAGAUAUUUUUCUUUUACACUCUGAUUAUUUUGACCACCACUGUAUAUAUCCCCUGAUUCGACCAUAUAUUUUACUAUGCCCAUACAACGAAACUAAUUCUUUUCUCAUAUAGUCUCUGUUUUUUCAUCAAAUAUAGUAAUUAAUAAGCAACCAUUACAAUGGCUCAUUUCUAUAGUGUACGCCACAUUACUAUAGCUGUGCUCCAACAAACCAUUGAACUGAACAGAGCUUGCUCGGAUCGAAAUUACCAUUCCAGCAUAAAAUGGAACUGAUUCCAUAACUGACAGAGAUCUAUGUUCCAACAGAUUCCGAACCGGUUGUGGUUAUGAAGAAAUGGGUGACGGUGAAGAUUACUUUGGAACAGAUUCAAGUGAGGAUGUUCCAAGAACCAGAAACAAAAAUUACAUGGUCAUGUGUCGAUAACUUUAAUAAAUUUGUUUCAAUCUUGAUAUUAGUAAAAUUAAUCUUAUAUAUUCCUUUCAUUUCAAGUCAAUUAAUAGACUACUGUUGUUAACAUUCCACUUGAUUUCCUCCUCUUUAACUGUAGCAGAGCAAACUUCCUCUAAAAACAAAAUGAUGAAUUCUCUUGCUCUAAAGGAGACAAAACUCCGUAAUAUUUCUUAAAAAUAUCUCACUAAGCUACUCAUCCCUUGUUAAAUCUGCCAUCCUUCAGUACAUCAAAAAAACGAUUUGAAUCCAACAUUAAACACUUGAAAAUUUCAAAUUUUAUUUUAUUUAAGGUUAUUUUUGCGACAACAAGCCAUGUAAUUCUCUGUUCCAACAGAAGAGCUCGGAACUAGUUCCGAGCUUUACUUACCUAGGGCAUGCGCAGAAAAAUAAUUCGGAAAUAGUUCUGACCUACUUCGGGACUGCUUGUUGAAACAAACCGUAUAUUAAACAUCGGAAAGUUUGAUAAAACAAUGUAAUUGCUCUCAUGAAAAGGUUACAUUUGCCACAUUUUAACAUGUUAUGCAGGUAUCGAUGCUUCUGACUCACUAAACACAUUUUUGUUCUGGCACUUAUUUCGCGACGUCGCAGACUGUUUCCAUUCCAUCAAAUUUCUGAUGGAGGCAACGACAAUUGAUGCGCAAUAUGUUGCGACACAUUGUGGUAAGGGAAACAUCCCUUAACAAGGAUAGUUUAUUUUUGUAAUAUCAAACCAGUCCAGUGAAGUCGUGAAACUUACCCUGUAGAUAGUUUUCGAAGACAAUUUUUUUGAGUGCAAAGCCGACUAUCACUCAAAAUUUACUGUGAAAGUUUUCUCAAAAAAUCUCACAAUUUGUAUCGUUUCUUGAAAAUGUCCACUAGGCUGAGAACAACACAUCUCACGUUCAUUGUUUAAGCCUCUUAAUCAUGUUUAUCUAAAAUAUCUUAUCUAAUAAGGAAGAAGGUGUAGUAUAUAAUCCUUAGCGUCUUUUUCAUAUUCUUAUAUUUAUUUGUGAUACAUUUAUAAAAGCAGUAGGUGUGAGACGUGCUUUCGAAUUUGAGCAACAGAUCAUAUCGGUGAAUUGCAAUAUACCUUUAUCCUUUACAUAUCAAAUGUAAAUAAAAACUUCAGAGGAUAUAUUGUUGAUAGCAAUGAAUUAAGCACCAUUUCAACAGGACGUGACGGCAGUACCAAAAAUAGCAAAAAAAAUUCCAAUAAUGGUCUAUUUUGAAACUAGACUAGGCGAUUUUUUUUAUAAUAGCGUUCGUUGGAUGUCCCUCAACAUAAACCAAGAAGAUUCCGGGUUACUCCCGCUGCAUUUUUUUUAACAAAUUACAAUUUUUUUCCGAAAGGGAUAAAGUUUUUAGGUUUUCGCCUCGUCUACUCAGUUUAUGCAUUGACCAGACUUAUUAGCUUUGGUAAACAAUAAUAUCAAAAUAGCUACUGAUUUGUUUUCAUUGUCCUUUAAUAUGUUUAUGCAAGCAUUACAUCCUGUUGAACGAUGAGCUAUUUUUGAAAUAAACAGUGAUUUCUCUAGCAUCUAGGGAAAUCGUAGAAUUGAAAAUAUUUCUUAAGUUACUACCUGUGCAAAGAUGUCGUUGAUAUAUAAAAUAUAUGUUGUAAAAGUGUGGUAACGGUAUGAAUUAAAUUCAUACAAUUUUAUUUGAUACAGAAUUAUAUGUCGAUGUUUUUAUGUGUAAAAUGUAAAUUACAUUUUUUGUUUUUGUUGCCAUAAAAAUUUUUAGUUGAUAUAAAUCUUAACUGGUAUUUUUUGAUUUGCAAAAUGAAAGCAUCUGAUCUAUUUUCAGUAUACAGACAUGCUUUUACCAACCUAGUUGUCAUGUAAACUUGUGAUAUGUCAAGUUACAACAAAUUUUACAUUGAUAUGCUUGUAAGUACUGGUUAUGAAUCGUAACUUGACUAGAAUGGUAGAGAUAGAAGUAUUUCCUUUAUUGGCCUUUUUUUAAACUCUCGAUGAAAUAUAAAGAUGUACCUCGAAUCUUGACAUACCUUACUUAGCGUAAUUGGCAUGAAAUAGAGAAAAUAGAAAUUAGUUGACUGUUUUUCUUUUUUGAUUUAAGGAUAUUGUUUUUAAGUCAAGAAUUAUUGUGUUUGAGGCUGUGAAUAUAUCUCCAUUUUGUUGUAAAUAUAAAUAUUAAAAUCUGCUAUUUUUAUUUUCGGAAGAGUUGUCUUCGCAGUAAGGAAAUAAACGUGCCAUUAACUUAUAUUAUGUUUAUGUAUAUUGAAGUAAUACAAAUGUAAAUAUGUUAUUGUAUGUAUUGUUUGAUAAAAAUACAUAUUUAUUUAUUAAA